AUGCGAGGCCGCACCGCGCCGCCGCGAGACGGUUUCCGCCCUGCCGCCGGUGGGCGGGGGCGGCGCCGGACCGUGGACAGCAGCAGCAGCUCCGGCAGCUCGUCCUCCGAGGAGGCCGAGUCUCUGGCGGCGGCAAAGCUGGAAGGGCGGCGGCCGGGCUCCGCGAGGGCAGCGGUGGUGCGUGCCGCCGAGGAGCGCGGCGCGGCCGAGGCGGAGGGGCGCGCGGCGGCCGCGGCGCAGAUGGCGGUCGAGCACGCGGUGCGAGAGGCGCACGAGGCUUGCCGCCGCGAGCACGAGCGGAGCAUGGCUGCCAUGAGCCAGAAGCACGCCGCGGCGCUCGAGCGGAUGCGCGCCGAGUUGCAGGCCCUCGAGGAGCGCGCCGAGGAGACGGGCGCCGCCCUCGGCGCGGCGACGAAGCGCGCCGCCUCGCUCGACGAGCGGAGGGCGCAGGCCGACGGCGAUGCGGCCGCGCUCCACGGCCGGCUCUGCGCCGCAGAGGAGGAGCGAGACGCCGCCGUCGGCGCGCUCUCCGCCUCCCGCGCGGAGGCCGAGGGAGCCGCCGCCGCGCUCGCCGCCGCCGAAUCGCGCUCCGCCGAGAUGCGGCGCGAGCUCUGCGAGCUGCGGGCGCGGCGCGACUCUGCCGAGGCGGAGCGAGACGAGCUCGAGUGCGCCGUGCUGCGUGCGCGCGACAUCUGCGAGGCCAAGGAGGCGGAGGCGGCGGAGGCGCGCGCGCGCGGCGAGGCGGCGGCGGCGGCGGCGGCGGUGGAGACCGAGGCGCGGCUCGGCGCCGUCCACGCGGCGCAGCUGCGAGCGGCGGCGGCCGAGGCGGCGGCCGAGGCGGAGGCGCGUGCGAGCGACGAGUACGGGAGGGCGAUUGGAGAGGCGAGCCGCGAGCGCGUGGCGCUGCGUGCGCGUACGGCGGAGGCGGAGGAGCAAGCCGCGGCGGCGGAGAGGCGCGCCUCCGCGGCAGAGUGGCGACUGGAGGAGCGCAUGCGCUCCGCAGAGGCGGAGGCGGCCGAAGCGGCGGCGGCGGCCGACCGAGCGGCGGCGGUGCGGCAGCGCGAGGCGGUGGUGGCGGCGCUCGAGGCACGGGCGGCACUCGGCACGGCCCUCGCGGCCGCCGAGGAGGCGGCUGCGCAGCGCCAGGCGGCGGCAGUGAGUGCGGCGCUCGAGGCGGCGGCGGCGCAGGCGGCGGCGGCGCAGGCACGCGCCGUCGAGGCGGCGCUUGAGGCGGCGGCAGCGGCUCGGCGGGCGGAGGGAGAGCGCGUGUCGGCGGCGGGCAGGGCGGCGGCCCAGGCGGCGGCGGAGCUGCCCGAGGAGCGGGAGGCGCUCGCCGCAGAGUUGGCUCACAUGCAGAUCGCGAUCCGAAACGCGGUGCGGAGAGAGCCGGCUGGCGAGGGGGCAGCCCCGCCGUCCCGCGCGGCCGCCGUGCACGCCGAGGCGAUCAAGUUCGCGCGUACGGGGCGGAAGAGCACCAGCGUAGGGUAG